AUGGUUGUGAAGGUGACCACCGAGGUGAAGGCGGCAACAGGGGGACCCGCCCACCUCUGCCUGCUCCCAGAGCUGGGGCCGCUCUCCUGCACCCGUGCCUGCCUGUGGCUGUACCUGCCUGUGGCCUUUGCUUGCCUGCGGCCCCGUGCCUGCCGCCCGUGCCUGCCUGCGGCCUUUGCUUGCCUGUGGCCUGUGCCUGCCUGCGGCUUGACCCCGUACUCGUCCAUCGACACGUGGCCAGGCCGGCGGAGUGGAGGCAUGAUUGUCAUCACUUCCAUCCUGGGCUCCCUGCCAUUCUUCCUGCUCCUGGGCUUUGCUGGUGCCAUCGUCCUCAGCCUGGCGGACAUGAGGAGUUCCGAUGGGGAAAUGACGCACGACUCCCAGAUCACGCAGGAGGCUCUCCCCAACACACUGGGGACCUCGGAGCCUUCUUAUACGUCUGUGAACCGGGGGCCGCCCCUGGACAGGGCCGAGGUGUAUUCCAGCAAGCUCCAGGACUGAGCCGAGCACCACCCCCGGGCGACAGCAUCCUCCCCGCUGGCAGGGAUUUUGUGGGUUUUGCAGCAGCUGGCAUUCAUGCCCUGACUGGACAGGAGGUGAAACACGGUGUGUUGGUCCAAGUGCAGAAAAACUCUUAAUAAAAUCUUCCCAAGA